GUCCAACUUUGUUCCUGGGCGAGUUGUUGUUGGGCCCCUUCUCAGUCUCAUUUCUACGGUAAUAAACGGAUGCGUUUAAAUUCAAAUCAUAGGACAACGCAACAGCAACCCUGGCACCGACAGAGGAAAUCACCAUGGAGUCUCAUGCUUACCAUGAGUUCGACCCUCAAGGGAUCGAGAAACUUCUCCAAAAGGAGCUUUAUGAACUAUCCGUGGAAGAUCGUAAUGAUAUUCUCGAAGAGAUCCAUGGGGUUCGAUGCGUCGCGGUCCCCGAAACUCCACAACUCCUAUCUGAAUCUCUGAUGAUGCUCGAAAAUGAACUUAGAAACACGUACGCGAGUUCGCCCACAAAAACGGAGCAUGCUCACUAUAGCAGGAACGAGCAACAAGAGUUGAAACUUGUUUUCCAGAAGAGUCUCCAAUAUCCCAACUCGUACAUCCAUCAGAACAAUUUCCGCCUUUCGUUCCUGCGGUACGAGUUUUUUGAUAUCCGAAAGGCCGCCAGAAGGAUGGUCAAGUUUAUGUUUUGCGUGACCAAAUAUUUCGGGGACUACGCCCUCCAGCGCAAGAUCGUCCUGUCAGAUUUUACAAAGCCUGAGAUAAAAGUAAUGAAACUCGGGCACACACAGCUUCUACCAUUUCGGGAUAGGAGCGGUCGGCGGAUUGUUUGUGUCUUCCCAGAUGCCGAUUAUUUUGCAAUCGAUUACAGAAUACGAGUACGUUGAAAAGAUAGAUUGUGCUUGAAUUCACGAGAGGAAACAAUGCCUUGUGUCGUGUUUCCUUGUACAAUAUUUUUUUGGUAUUAGUUGUGUGUCGUUUCUCAUUUUCAGCUGCUUCCAAUUUGUUGUUGUCGUAUGUUAUCUAACCAUCAAUCGGCUUGAUUUUUGUCGACCGACAGAUCAAAAUUGCUCUCUAUAUGAAUUUUGUAAUGGGUUCGGGUGGAUCGACCCUCGAAGACGACAUUCAGGACGAUGCGGAUACGCAGCGAAAAGGCGCUGUCUUUCUCGUUUGGAUGGAUUCAAAAUCAAAGCCAAACAUCGAGCCACCGACUCCGGCAGUGGAUGGAACGGCACAGUCAGCAGCCAAGAAGUCGCUCAACAACAACAUCGAUCUUAUUCGAACCAUGGGAAUCGAGUUCCAACAGGCAUCGACCGUCCGAGUCAGUGCUAUGCACAUGUGUACACCAGACACGCCCCUUUUCCGAUUGCAGCGAUCCUUGAUCUCACUUAGUUUUGGGCCCUUUCGUUCAAGGCUUUGUAUGCAUCUUGGAGAAGCCGUCGAAGUCCACUACGUACUUAAAGGUUACGGAAUACCCACCGAACAAAUACCAAUUUCGUAUUCCGGGAACAUCAAAACUAACGAAUUGAAGCGGUGGUGCGCAACACGCUCUAUCAUGGAGGAUCCUUCCCUGCAAACAUCGUUCGACCGUCGGAACCUAGUGGAAUUCCCCCGGCUCAUCGACGUCGUUUUCAAAAAUGGCACCUCGGCCUAUUCCAAUCCGGGAAAUGUCCACUUCCGGAGUUUGAUGGAAUGGAAAUACGAAGAACUGCAGCACAAGACCCAGAUAAAGCUUGUCAGAGGCCAGAAGGAGGUAUUGGUGAAGCACUUGAUAAAUGGUCUUUUGGAAGAAAUUGAAGAACGCAACUUGCGGCUCUUAAAUUGGAAUGCAAAGGACGCUUUUUGGUGUAGGUUGUGCGAAACAAAGCUGAUUAGGAAGAAACUAAGCUACAUUGUCCAGGAAUUUCUUGAAAAAUCAUUACGUGAUGCCGCGGCUACCAAAAGCAAGCAGGUCAGUCAGUCUGCGACAUCUAUAUUCUUGCAAGACAGAUCACCGCAUAUCACACGCAGUCUACAACAACAUAUACCGUGCACGACGUCACCUUCUAACAAAGAAGGCAUAGACAUUUCUCAAGACUUUGAUGUUCCACCCAAACGGAGAAAGAGAUCCAGUAGCCUCGAUAUGGACGAUUUCAUAGAUCCAGAUCUGAACGAAAAUAUUCACACGAUAUUCUCUCCCAUCCGUCCUCAACCGGUGGUGUCGGGUUUCAAUAGCUGUGGCGUCUGCGAAGGUUGUAAAGGUUGUGAAGGUUGCCGUUAACAUUAUCAUCGAUAGUUCUCGUACAGUAGUUCACUUCGUCUUGUGUUAUUACACUGUAAUAAAUGCAUAAUGGGAUGUUCAUCCCAGAAGCACUACUAGUUCCUCCCCAAGGUCCAAGAACAUCGACCUUUUUCGGCAUCCCAGGAUCGGCGUCAGCAAUGCAUCGAAAAAACAAUUGAUGCAAUUCUCAAAGACCUCCGAAAUCUCCGAACAGCACCUGAAAUUGUAGGUUGUUGGCCCCGAGUGCAAGGAAUCGUGGUAGGAGUGUUCGUCUUCGUUUUCGUCUUCGAAACCUUCCUCUGUUUUGCCGUGUCUAUCAUCAUCCCAUGACAUGUUGUUUGCGGGUUCGUUGCAUUGUCCCAAUACCAGAUAUCGUUGGGCACGAGUUUCUGCCGCCUUCUGACUUUGGAUUGUCUUUCCACGUGAUCGGUAGACUUUCCGAAGCCGUUCGGGAUCUAGGAUUCCACUGCUAUAGUGGCUGUUGCUGCUGUUCCUGCCUGCGGAACGUCGUUUCCCAUAAAUUAUGCGGCACAUC